CAGCAGCGAUGCUGCUCAGUGGAGCCGGUGCCGGGUGGGCUGGGGGAGAGCAGGGUGCUGAUUGCUGCUCGGGUCUGCAGGUCACUGAGCCCCCUCCCUUGGGGGCUCCUGAGAACGUUGCCUGCCUCUGUUUACCCGCAGCUUCGCCAGCGAGAGCACCGGCCCGGGUGAACUCCCAGCAGCGCCCCAGAAAGCCAGUGCUGCCCCGCGAGGGAAACAGAGCCGUUGACCAUGGUUGCAACUGGCAGUUUGAGCAGUAAGAACCCAGACAGCAUUUCAGAGUUGCUAGACCGUAGCUUCCACCCGGGCAGCCUACUCAAUGAUUUUGAUUACUGGGAUUACGUUGUCCCUGAACCCAACCUCAACGAGGUCGUAUUUGAGGAGACGACUUGCCAGAGUUUAGUUCAAAUGCUGGAGAAGUGUCUGUCCAAAUCUAAGCACACCAAACUCGGUUGCUCUAAAGUCCUUGUUCCUGAGAAACUGACCCAGAGGAUCGCUCAAGACGUCCUGCGGCUUUCCUCCACGGAACCCUGUGGCCUGCGUGGCUGCGUCAUACACGUGAACUUGGAAGUUGAAAAUGUAUGUAAAAAGCUGGAUAGGAUUGUGUGUGAUCCUAGCGUGGUGCCCACCUUCGAGCUUACGCUUGUGUUUAAGCAGGAGACCUGCUCGUGGACGAGCUUCAGGGAUUUUUUCUUUAGUAGAGGUCGCUUCUCCUCUGGCCUCGGGCGAACUCUGAUCCUGAGUUCAGGAUUCCGACUGGUUAAGAAAAAGCUUUACUCGUUGAUUGGAACAACAGUCAUUGAAGAGUGCUAAAAGGGAAGUCCUUCUAAGGGAGCUUUUUAAUGAUUGGGUAAUAAAACUUUGCAGCCGCUCAGCUGAAGUUGUAGUUCGCCCUGCCUGCUCUUGGCAAGAAACCCCAAAUUGAGUUCACCUUCCUUGUGUUUCAUAUUCCCAGCCACCCCAACUGAAGAGCUUAUUUGGGGGGCUUCUGAGAAAUGAGGCCUUCACUGUCUGCAUUUAUCACAAUUUUUACGAAGUGGAAUGGAAUAAGGAAGGAAAAGAAACAAUCCACUUGGUUUUUUGACUGAAAGUUUUCCAGGUAGUCUUGCUAAUAGACUGUAUAAACCCACUUUGCCUAGUUGGAUUUUCAUAUGGCCUUUUUUUCUUUUUCCUGCAAGUUUUCAGAGUGAUCCUUUCAAUCACAGAAUCUUAACUGAAUGAUGCUUAACCCAUCAAAACUUCCACAAGCCUAUAGCACCAAUGUCCUGCCCCUACUCAAAUCUGAAGAAUGCUCAUACAGGAAGGGAGAAUUAUGUGGGUGAGCUUAAUGAAAAUUCACCCCAUGCAAAAGUGAAUUAGAAAUAUCACAGCAAGAACAGAAUUCUGUUUCUUGCAUCCUCUCCACUCUUUUUUAACAAAAAGGUGGCAAACUCUUGAGCAACCAAUUAGAUAACCACAGUAUUGCUUUAAAUAACCUUACAGUACAGUAUAAGCUCAGCUUUUCUAGUUCAUAAGUAUUGAAUUUUAUCUUUAAAUUAGAAAGGAGGGAAAAAGCUUAUUUUUUUUGCACGCAGUUGAUUACUCUUCUGUUGAGUGAGUGGUGAAUGUAUACAAGGAUGGGCUGAGUUCGAUUCCUUUCUCAUUCACUUGAUAUUCUAGCUUCUUUUCACAAUUACACACGCUUACUCUCAGAUGAACCAUCUCACCAUGUCAGUGUUACUUCAUCCUUGGCCUCUCCUGGGCACUGAAGGCUCUCUCCUUAACCUGAAUCUUCAAAGGUGAUAGCUGCACACUACCACUUUUCAUUUUUAAGUGGGCCUCUUUACGAAGUCUCCUCUGGCUGUGGAUGUCUGGUUUAUAGUACAGACUAACUAGAAAAUGAAACUCAUGACUAGAUAACCAAUGCCCACACUCAGCUUUCUUCAUCCCUGAAUACCUGUCCCUAGGGAACAAUAAAGGCCUAAUUUUUUUCUUAUUCCAACUAACUAGAUCUUUACCCUUUUUAUGAAAUGAGAGAACAGAGCCUUCACGUUACCCUGUUGAUGUGGCAAGGGCUUCACAUCCUUGCUGUAGGUCAGCAAGGAGCUUAUUCAGGUCUCCUGCCCAAGCUGUUAGCAUUACUUUACAUGAGGCCAAGGUUGUAGGGACCAUGGCUUCAUCCUGGUGUAAUUCAAAAGCAGGUAUGAUCCUAUUCCUGACCCCACAAAUGACCUAAAAUUCUACUAUUCAAAUCAGAAAGUGUUCUAACAAAUUGAACUCUUCAAAUGCUUGGAAAGAUACCCAAAGCUAAUCUUAUAGGACUGGGCCAGGAUAAGUCAAGCUUGUUUUUGCGUGUCUGUUAUUGUCUAGGGCUCUGAAGGUCACUGUGAUUCUGUGGCGAGGUGUCUCUGGCAUGGAUAUAGAACUGUCGUCCUUUCCCCACUAACAGUUGUCUUUGACUCUCUUGUCUUUUAUUCUCACAAAAUAGUAAUGGCUUAUAGAGACUCUUAAAUUAAUAUUCCUGUUAAAGGAAAUUAAAGUUUGUCUAUUUUUGACAAUAAAGCAUCAUAUAUUUUUAA